AUUGAAAAAAUUCAGAAGGGUGAAACAACAAAGAAGGACGAGGAAGAGAACUACCUGGAUUUGUUUUCCCACAAGAAUAUGAAACUGAAAGAACGAGUUCUGAUACCUGUCAAACAGUACCCCAAGUUCAACUUUGUUGGAAAAAUUUUGGGGCCUCAAGGCAACACCAUCAAGAGACUUCAGGAAGAAACCGGUGCUAAGAUAUCUGUGCUUGGGAAGGGUUCAAUGCGAGAUAAAGCAAAGGAGGAGGAACUGCGUAAAGGUGGGGAUCCUAAAUAUGCUCAUCUAAAUAUGGAUUUGCAUGUCUUCAUUGAAGUUUUUGGACCCCCAUGUGAAGCUUACGCUCUAAUGGCUCAUGCCAUGGAGGAAGUCAAGAAGUUCCUCGUUCCAGAUAUGAUGGACGAUAUCUGUCAGGAGCAAUUCUUGGAGCUCUCCUAUCUGAACGGCGUGCCGGAGCCAAGCCGCGGGCGAGGAGUCCCUGUGCGGGGAAGGGGAGCAGCUCCGCCGCCGCCUCCACCCGUUCCCAGGUAUCUUUCCCCAAAACACAGACCUGGAAACGCCGCAUCCUGCUCGGAGUUGCACCGAGAGGGGAGCCCUCCUCCUCCGGCACCGGAAACCUACGACGAAUACGGCUAUGAUGACGCAUAUGCAGACCAGAGCUAUGAGGGGUAUGAAGGUUACUACAGCCAGGGCCAAGGGGACACAGAAUACUAUGAUUAUGGACACGGGGAGGCACAGGAAACCUAUGAAGCUUAUGGCCAAGAUGACUGGAAUGGGACAAGGCCCUCCCUGAAGGCCCCGCCAGCUAGGCCAGUGAAGGGGGCCUACAGAGAGCACCCAUACGGACGUUAUUAAACACAAACAUGAGGGAAAAAUAGCAGUUUUGAGCAAACAGUUGUUACUGAUUCUUGUAUCUCCCAGGAUUCCUGUUGCUUUACCCACACCAGACAAGUAAUUGUCUAACUGUUUUUCUUCGUGGCCCUUUUUCUCCCACUCCAUCCUCACCCUGCAUUCUGGCUUCUGUACGUAGUAUUUUAAAAUGAGUUAAAUAGAUCUAGAGGACCGACUUUAAUUUCUUUUUUUUAAGUGUGUAGAUUGCUUUUCUUUCUUUGUUGUUUAGGUAAACCAACUGUACCUUUUUUAAUAAGAAAAAGCUGAGUUAAAAUGUUAGUUUCAAAAGUGACAUGCUUGCUUAACAGUUAUGAAAUUAAGGUUUUGUUAACCUUCUAAGUUUGGUUUUAAGCAACCCAUAAAAGUUGUAGUUGCAGAAUCCCAAAGUAGGCUACAUUUCAAAAUUCAGGGCUGUUUUUAAGAAUUUAAAAUCAUAAUGUAACGGUAGUGGCUGCCACCGUUUAAAAGUAACCACAGAUAUCAGACUUUCCUUAAAAGCAGAUUGUGGAUGAAUCUUAAGUUUAAAUUUUAAUACAAAGGAUCCU